CAUAAAUCAUGUACGACAUCGUGCACACUGCUGCGGAACAAUAAGUUAUGUCCUUGUAAAUAAGUAGUCUUGAAGAAUGAGAACACACAGCAGCAACAACUAUGCCUAGUAUAUCUAUAUGAUCAGUUUCCACUGGAAGCUUUCCUCGUUUUCUUUGAAUUCAAUUCUAUAAAAAAGUUAACAAAAACAUUAAAUAUUCUCAAUCGAAAAAACAUAUAUCAUUCAAUUUACAUGGCUGAAGGGACAUUUUCCACAUUACCACCAUCAGAUGUUUAUGAUAACAUUAAAGGAUAUCUUGAUAACAAAACUGAAGCGAAUUUUCAAUUGAUGUGUCUGGAACUUUAUAGGGUAGUGGCCGAGUCAAAGAAUCAUUCAAUGGGGCAUGGACAUGAAGUACUGAGCUUAUAUGGUCUCUGGAAUAUACGACCAAAAGUAUGGAUCGCUUCACUUAUAUCUAUUCUUGUGAUCAGUGCAGUUGGACUAUUAGGCGUUGGCGUUGUACCAUUAGUACAAAAGGUAUUUUACAAUCAGGUUAUUCAGUAUCUAGUGGCGCUGGCUGUUGGUACACUAACUGGUGAUGCUAUGCUACAUUUAUUACCACAUGCUAUUAGUGGUGGACAAGGACAUAGUCAUGGAGAAGAAGCAACUGGUGAAGGCGACGGUGAACGUACAGCUAUCAUGAAAGGAUUAGUAGCAUUGGGUGGUGUUUACUUCUUUUUCAUGGCGGAGAAAAUUUUAAGUUUAACUUCUGAAUAUCGAGCUGAGAAAAAACUUGAGAAAGAAGAUCGUGAAAGAGCUUUACAGAAUCUACCUGUAGCACCUGGAGGUCGUCGUCUAAGUUCCGUAAGAACAUCAUUAGUGCCAGGUGGACAUCUACCCGUCCCAGGACAAGGACAAGGAAGACGUCUGUCUCAGUUUGAUCCAAAUAUGUGUAGAAGAGCAUCGAGAGCUAUGUCUAUGGCUAAUGAAGAUAUACUUGUCACAGGAUUAAGCAGUAAAGCUAUGAAAUCAAUCGACAUACUUUAUAGUUAUGCCGAGGAAUAUGAUGAAAUGACAAGAAGAUGUUCAGAGGAUUCUACAGCAGAUCAUCCGUUGGUUAAAAGUGAAUUACAACUGGGCAAUCGUGGAAUAAAGCCUAAACAAGCCAGUGAAACAACAUUAUCAACUAAAGAUGAUAGUCAACACGAUAGUCAACAAUCUCAACAAGUCAAUACAUUAACAAUAAAUGUUCCAAAGAUUACAAUCGAUGUAGAACAAGAUGAUGAGAAACGAGUGGAAUCAAAACUGAAGGUAAUUGAAAAACAAAAGCCAGCUGAAUCAUCUGAUCAUCGUGAAGAGGAAGAGGAUAAGACGAAUGCUAAAGGACACGGUCAUGGUCAUGGUCACGGUCAUACACACGAGGUUCCAGAAUCUGUAGCCGCUGUAGCCUGGAUGGUCAUUAUGGGUGAUGGUUUGCACAAUUUUACGGAUGGAAUGGCUAUCGGUGCUGCAUUUGCCCAAAGUAUUUCUGGUGGCCUCAGUACAAGUGUUGCAGUCUUUUGUCAUGAAUUACCGCAUGAAUUAGGUGAUUUCGCUGUUCUCCUGAAAACUGGUAUGCGAAUCAAAGAGGCAAUGUUUUUCAAUAUUGUCUCAUCAAUACUUUGUUUAUUUGGUAUGUUAGUUGGUAUUGCAGUUGGUAAUAUUGAAUCAGCAAGCUACUGGAUAUUUGCUAUUACUGCUGGAACAUUUAUAUACAUUGCACUUGUUGAUAUGCUGCCGGAACUCAAUACAGUAGAGUUGAGACCAGGUCAAACACGUAUUGGACAACUAGCUAUACAAGUGGCUGGAUUGACAACUGGAGUUGGUAUUAUGCUGGUCAUAGCGUUAUUUGAAGAUUCUAUACGUGUAUUUGUUGACUAGACAAAAACAAACAAACAAACAAGAAAAAAACACAAUAUUGACGAUAGCAUUUACAAUGAAAGCCUUCUUUACCCUCUGUGUCUCUCGCUCCACAUGUUAACGAUAACAGAUUGGAAACUACUACCCUCAAGCAUUGAACUGAUUUGUCUAGUUAGCCCAUAUUUUAUUCUAUUUUCAAUUUCCCACACUUCAUCUGGUGAUUGUUAUUAUCUGCAUCCAUGUUCUUCUUAACAUAUCGAAAUUAAGAAGACCAUUAACUUUAUCUACUCUGGCAAAUACAGUCGUCAACAUGUUAACAAUAACGAAAAUUACAUAGCUGAAAUAAUAAUAUAUGUAUACCCUUCAUCUUCUCACUCUUUCUGUAUCCUUCUGUUCUUUUUGUGCUUUGAAUAUACUUAUAACACUUUUAUAAGCUGUAUUUUCUAC